AAUAAGGUGAAAAAAGCUCACACCUUUCUACCAUUCUCUUGUUUUCGAGAAGACGACCUUCUUCUCCGAAGAGCGAUCGAUCUCGCUGGAGUCGAGAGAGAGGAAGCUUUGGUUCCAAUCAUGGAGAUCAUCUGAGACGUAUAGCAUCACCGAUUCAAUUGGGUUUCGCUUCGGAGUGUGGAGAUGAGCAGCGUUUCGAUCACAGUCAUGUCGCUGAACUUGCAUGAAGGGGAGCAGGACAGUGGAAGCCCGAACUCGUGGGAGAAGCGCAGGGACCUUUGCCUCAGCGUCAUCACCAGUUACUCCCCUACUGUUCUGUGCACUCAGCAAGGGUUGAAGUGGCAGCUGGAUUUUCUUCAGCAAAGUUUACCAGGUUAUGAGCAGUUUGGGAUUUCAAGGAAAGGACCUCAGGAUACUACAGAUGAAUAUUGCACUAUUUUCUAUGAUAAGGAGAAGGUGGAGGUUCUUGAAGGUGGUACCUUUUGGUUGUCAGAAUCACCAUCUGUUCCAGGAAGCAUGUCGUGGGGAUCAACGGUUCCUUGUAUUGCUACUUGGGCAACAUUUCAACUCAAGAGAGUUGAACCACCUGGUUUCAGCUUCCAGAUUGUAAAUACAAAUAUGGAUGAGUUCAGUCCUCGUGCACGCAGACGGAGUGCUUUGCUCACAUGGCAACACAUAGCUUCCUUGCCUCCUAGCUUGCCAGUAGUGUACUGUGGAGGAUUCAACACACAGAAGGAAUCUACUACUGGCCGGUUUCUGCUUGGGAGAUCAAGAGAGCAUGGAGUUGUCGGUGACAUGCGAGAUGCUUGGCCCAAUGCACGGGUGCGGAAAAAUUUGUCACUGAUACGGACUUACCAUGGAUUCAAAGGUGACAAACAAGGUGCGAUGGAGUUUCUCAAGCUGAUAUUCAGAGCACUCUGUCUCUGCUGGGAUCGCCAAACUCAGGAUUUGCACAUUGAUUGGAUUCUCUUCCGGGGAAGGUCUCUAGUGCCGGCAUCUUGCGAAGUUAUAAAUGACAACAACAAUGGGCUUUAUCCAUCAUCUCAUUACCCUAUUUUUGCCGAGUUCAUGCUUCCCCGUACUGUGCGGCUGAUUGAUGCCCCUCUUGACAGAUAAAGUUCCUUCUUUUUCGAUCUCCCACUUCAAUACAAGUCUGUUGUAAUUGCUGCAUGUUUUAUAUUGACAGUACCCAGAAUGUUUUUUUAUGUGAUUACUUAAAACAAAUUCCGGCAUAAUUAUUGUUCUUUGAUUCUGUCAUUGUAGCAAUGGAAUCAUUGGAAUGAUCACUGUGUU